GCGGAAGUGGUGAGGCGCAGCCCGGAAGCGCCGCUGCCCUGGAGACGGGAGCCGGGAGCUGAGCGCCCGCCGAACCGCCCGCGCCGACCAUGGCCGAGACCGACCCGAAGACCGUGCAGGAUCUCACCGUCGUGGUGCAGACAUUGCUUCAGCAAAUGCAGGACAAAUUUCAAACCAUGUCUGACCAAAUAAUUGGAAGAAUUGAUGACAUGAGCUGUCGCAUUGAUGACCUGGAGAAGAACAUAGCAGACCUCAUGACACAAGCAGGAGUGGAAGAAUUGGAAGGCGAGAACAAGACCCCUGCUACUAACAAGAGUUAAAGUUGCCAGUAACUUAAGAUGAAUCCUGGAAGACUUCUUUUUUUUUUUCUUUUUUCUACAAAUCCUUGGAAUUACAGAACAGCUUUUUGCAACUACUGUGUGUAAAAGCAUUUUUAUAUUGUUACAGAGCUUGCAUUCCUAAUGUAUAGUUAGGGAUAGGUUAGUUUAUAUUUUGAUUUGUGUACUGUAAUUUCACUUUUUGAAUUCUUGUUAUGAGGAUCAAUUAGUUGUGUUAUUAAAACACAGAUCUUAUGGAUCUCAACUACUGGGUGUAUUUUUUUGUGAAGUCACUUUUGUCUCUUUCUUAUACUUUUUCUAGACAUUUCAUUUUUGAUAGCUGAAUAUCUAGUGACUGCCAUCAAGUGGAAAUCUUAACUUGUCCUACGUAACUUUGUGGAGUGAAGCACAAGAUUGAAACUUAGCAUUAAUCUUAGCUCUAAGCAUCAGUCACUCAACUAGUUGAGGAUUAUAUGUUGUUUUCUCAUAAGCGUAGUAAGGUGAUUUUGGAAAUAUAAGACACUGAACAUCAAAAUCGCAUCUCCUGCUCCUGGUAUUACCUUACCUGUGUGUUUUUAGAAUAUAAACCAGAAGUAGAGAUUUAACACUAGAGACAUUUGCGCACAGUUGAGCAACCACUGCCAUUCAAAUCUGUUAGAUUUAGACAGACAAGGAACUAUUAACUAUGAAAAAUCUCACUAUGGGAUUUAAAUUUUUUAACCCUGUAAAACUACUUUGAAACCGACAAUGUGUCAUUUACCAUCACCUUUGGACAAUAAUUAUGGUUACAGUAGUGACACUGAGCAGAAAAAGAUGGGAUUGUGGGAGAGUCUGUAUGUGGUCUUUGUCUUUAAAUCACUGGCUCAGUGUACUAAACAGUUUGCUAACGAAGCGAUGAGUCACUGAGUGACAAGGAGAGAACCCAGUCAGAAUUGUAAAGCCUUGCUUCUCUUGGAAUCACUAUUAGCCAGAACUGUUAAAAAUAUUUGGUUCAGAAAGGUGUUAGCUUUUAUAAUCAUCUCCACAUUGAUAGGCCUGGAGUUUAAUGGAUUACAUUAGAGUAUUUUGGUGAUGAAAAGUGUAUUUUGAAGAGUCUGUACUAUGUCAUUUGUGAAGAAAAAUGACCAGUGUCGGAUAUUACUGACAAUCACUGCAAUGCUCCUCCAGCUUGAGGUACAAAUUUAAGAGAGCACUCGUGGUGGUCAGUAGUUAUCUGUGGACCCCACUUAAGAGUACUCUUGGAACACCACCAGAUUAGCAGCUCUGUAUUAUGAUGACAAUAUGACAGGUCAUUUUUCAAAACAGGAGAAAUUGUAAUAAAAGCUCAUAAUAAUAGGGGAAUUUUGUGAACAUAGGAAAUGUAUCAAUAUACCUUGUAAUAUCAGCCUUAGGCUCUUUGUAAUGUCAUUGAAAAAAAAAUCUAAUAAACUACUAUGUGGUAACAAAUAUUCAGGUCAUAUAUAUUAAAGCAAAAUCUAGUGAAAGUA